AUGAAACUAUCGCAGGCAUUUCCGGUGCUUCUCGGCACGCUCGCAUCGUUCGCAACGAGCCUGCUGUUGGCCCCAAACUCGCCAUGCUCGAGGCACUGCGGAAAUGUGCUCUCAGCCACUACCGCCGACGACAUGGAGUGCUUUGACAAUCCCUCUGACUACUCGACCACAGCCGCUGGCAAUGUGCUUCAGAACUGCUUGACAUGCCAGGCGAGCAGCUCAUAUACCUCCGCCGGGCAGUCUGAUCUCGAGUGGCUCAUAUAUAACCUGAGAUACACACUAUCAUUCUGCCUGUUUGGCUUCCCCGACAGUGAUAAGAAACUUGGCUCAAAUCCAUGCACCACAAGCACUGCUUGCGGCCCUUUCAGAGAGGCGAUCCAAUGGCAGAACCUUACCAAGGCAGCUGGACGCUACGACUUUUGCAACUCUUGGAGGGCCCACGACUUUUCGAAAUGCCAACCGUGCCUUCAGUCCGGUCGCCACUAUGUGUUGACCAACUACAUGACCAUGCUCGAUGCGGCCUGCACGCAACAGCCCGCCGAAGGACGCACCAUAUCGGUCUCCGGUCCACCUUUCACGACCAAGGCCAUUCAGGCCACGACCCCGGCCCCAACCGGCUACACCUUUGUGCCUGAUAACGGCCCACUCAACCUUAGCGCAAAGGUCGGCAUUGCCUUCGCCGGGGUGGCCAUCAUACUCAUCGCCGCCGGCUGCGGCAUCGUCUGUAACGGCAAGCGCAGGCGCCGCCGCUACUUGCGCGACAUGGAAAAGCGCCAGGCGAUGGCCCAGUCUCAGGGCUUUGGCGGUAGUAGCCGCUGGCCUGGUACCCACGGGGCGGGCGGCGACAUGUUUGAGACCCCAGUCAGCCAGAGGCCGCUCGUUGGCGGCUGGGAGCAAUCUCCCACCUCGGCGCACACGGAUCGGACCGGCCUUUCAACUGGAUUUUCGCCGGCCAUGGAGAAGAACGACAGCGCCGGGCCCUCCACGUUCCCGACGCGAUACUAUUCACCUUAUAGCAGCCCCAUCAGCACUGCCGACGCCAACGGCAUGCAGCAUCACCAACAGCAGCAGCAGUGGCCGGCGAUGACUCAAGAAGCGCUAGCACAGAUGGAGCGCGAGCGCGAACAGGAGGUGCAGCAGCAGCAGCGGCAUUACUUUAUGCAGCAACAGCAGUACCAAAUUCAACAGCAACGACUAUACCAAUCCCAGCAACAUCUCAGCCCGCAAGACAUAGGAGUCGCGCUGGGUGGUGACGAUCCAAGCCUGCGGUCGAAAAAGUCGGAUCUGAGCUUCGUCUCCAAGGAGUCGGACCCAGCUGGGCAACAAGCGCCACCUCCGCAGCCGAACCCGCUCGCGAGCAACCCCUGGUCCUCUGCAGACGUCAAGGGCAAGCAUCCCGCCUACCAUAGCAGCACCGAGGAGUACGAGUUGAAGGAGGUGGACAGCAACGGGACCAUGCGGGGUGUCCUUGCCGCCGCUGCACAGCAGGCCCCGGUGCUCCAGCACCCCGGCUUCGGGAGGUAUCCGGCGCCCACAACGGGAAGGAAUCAAUGGGUUUAG